AUGCAACAAUUACCACCACUGCAAGAGGAUGUCAUUUUCUCUCGCACUAGUGCCACGGUUAUUCUCAAGCGGAGAGCUCAACGAUUAGCUCGGAGAUGGAAAAAACAUGAAAAUGCCAUCUAUGACAUCUUUACGGUGGCUCUGGCAUUUCUGGAUGUGCAAGAUCAAUUCAUGAAUUUAGUGAUGGUGAAUAAGUGGUUCUAUCAAUACAUACAUGAAUGCAUGAAAAUGAUACAAAUUGUGGAAUAUCCAUUUGUUGAAAAUCAAAAAUCACUUUAUGGAUUUUUAUAUAAAUUAUAUCAUGUUAAGAAUGGAAAUUAUCUUCAAUUUCAUCACGGUGAUGAUCACGAGGAGGAGGAGGAUGAAGAGGAAAUUCCGAACCAAGAAAAAAGUACUGAUCCUCAAACACAACAACAAGAUUCAAAUAUUCCCAAACCACCACCAACACCACAGUCAUCACACAUCUUAGAAAGGCUUUUCUAUCCCAUACCUGAACUGUUUGAAUACGAUGAUACUCUUCCUAAACUUUUUCGAGAAAUUCCAACAUUUAAAAUCAGACAAGUCAUUCUGUAUGCUCAUUACGGAAAAAAGUAUGGAUUUCAAUUACCAAAGGUUUGCGCUUACAUUGGACGUAAUAUUGGGGGAUUUAUAUUUCUGGAUUGUACUCAGGUGCACCAAGAUUAUGUCCUGGUGAAGCCAAACUUGGUUUCGAAUUGUGUGACCAUUAAUACGAUAUUAAUGGGAAAUGACCCACUCAUUGAUACUCGUAAGAUGGACAUUGAUUCCGUUUUAAACAUGAUGGGUUCCUAUCAACUAUUCUCAUUAUCACCUUGCAAUUUUCAAUUUUCAACAAAGGAAAUUAAGGAAUAUGUUGCAUUUGAUUUGCACGGAACUGUGCAAGCUUCAAAUAAUUUAUGGAAAGCCGUCAAGAAACACACUCGUCUCUAUCCCUAUUUUCAGAACAUAUUUCAUACGCUUGGUCUCUAUUACUUGGAAUCCAUGUAUUCUGAAUUUUCAAAUAUUGCAGAAGCAAAUUUUCGAGUUUUCUAUGACAAGUGGACACAAAAAACACAAAUUCGAAGAAAUCGUGUUCAAUUUCUGAUUUCAGAGGCCAUCAUGCAAGAAAGGUCUAUCUCAGAAUUUGUAACAAGUGCGGCAAAGAUUAAUGACUAUUUAGAAAAACGUAAACGAUCAGCUGUUGAAAAGGUAAAACUUGAAAAUCUCGUUCAAUGGAUCAAACAAAACUCUCAACAUGUGAAAUUCACACUCAAUUCUAUUCCUGGCCAUUUAUUCGUUUGA